AUGGAGUUGGACCACUACCUAACCCUAUAUUAUCGAGACUACGAUGAGAUCAACAGCAAGUCUAUUCACCACGCCGUCCAAGCAUGCCACGGUUUGACUGUCCCGUAUGAAUUCCCCGGAGAUUAUGUGAUCAUGUGUGGUCGACACUCUGAUCCCGUGGAUCUUUUCGGCGACAUGACACUGGCGGACUUUCGUCACGCCCUGGAUUAUUUCAGUACGUACCACGACCAGACAAUUCGCGAAACCCCAGGUGGAGGCUCUGUACUUGCGGUACAGAUUAGCUGUGCACUUGAGCAGAGACUUUAUGCUCGUGACGCUUUCAUCUCUGUGGCCGUGGAUCGUGAUUUUAUAGGCACUAGCAAUACUAUAUCACCGUUAUCGGAGGCUCUGGGAAACUCGAUCAAAAUAUGUAAGCUAAAUUGCAACGAGCUAAAACGUGAGGGAGAGCGGAUGGAUAUCUCAUUGGAAGAGGAUUUUCGCAACUCAUAUGCAGAUAUUCUUCUGACAGACAUGGAUCCAACAUCUGAAAAUUGGGGCAAAUUCAUUGAAGCUUCCUCAUUCAGUGGCAAUGUCAUAUUAUUGAAUGACGAUCGAGCCGAUCUGAGCUUUGAAUUGGUGCAAACAAUCACAGCCUACUCUCUGGGGGUUCUGAAGCCAUUGUUCGAGAAAUCCUUGAGGGGGGAAAUCUCUCGUCAGGAUGAUCUAGCAGAAAUAUUGCCGGAAAAGAUGAUGGCGUGGAAACCAGCUGAAGCUUUUCAAGAGACCGAGCAACUUGGACUACGGCGAGGAUUUGUUGCUAGGAUAGAUUCCUCGACGAAGAACUUGGCAACUCAAGAGUCUCGUGUUCUUGAUGUAAUAGACAGGAUUUUGCAUGGCCAGCCUUAG